CAGCAAGUGCAAUGAGCAUGGCCAGCCAAAAAGAAUAAAUUAAGUUUGCAAAUUAUGAAAAACCAAUCGCUCUGACGGUCGGUGCGUGCGUGCGCGUGUGUGAGUGUCAGUGCGAAGAGAAAAAGGUUAGCAAUAACCGUGUAGAAAUACAAAUAAAACGAAAAAUUAAUAAAGCAAAAAAACUGGCGGUAAACACGUAUGUGUUAGUGUGUGAGCAACAGCUACAGCUACUACGAUCGCCGUGCACUAGGACUACGUAAUACGUAAGCGAGAAGGCGGCAAACCCACAGCACCCACAACGCAGCACAGCAUUUAUGCAAAAGAGCAACAAAUUGAACGCUGGAGGCAGCGAUGAGCUCGUCCCACCCAUUGCAGCAAUACCAGUAGCAGAAUCCGCAGCAGCAGCAGCGAAAUAAGCGCAAAACGCAAAAAUAUAAAUAGCGAAAAGCGGGGCUGCCGGCACCGGCAUUAGCACUGAGCCUUGGACGUGUUGAACACGUCACUGGAGCCACAACAGCAGCAGCAUCUCAACAACAAAAGAAGCUUGAGGAGCAAACAACCAUUGAACCCACGGGACAAACCGGAGCAAAAAUACACAGAAAGCCGAGGAGGAACGUAAUCAGAGAAUCAAGCAAAAUGGCUGCCGUACGAGGACAUCAGUACUUUAGCCUGCGAUGGAACAACUACCAGAACACGAUGACAUCCGUGUUCCAGCAACUGCGCGAAGAUCUCUCCUUUGUCGAUGUGACCUUGUCCUGCGAACACGGAUCCCUCAAGGCACACAAGGUCGUACUCUCCGCCUGCUCGACGUACUUUCAAAAGCUUCUGCUCGAGAACCCGUGCAAACAUCCAACAAUCAUCCUACCCGCCGAUAUCAUAUUCACAGAUCUGAAAACAAUCAUCGACUUCGUCUACCGCGGUGAGAUUGAUGUCACCGAAUCGGAACUACAGAAAGUCCCGAUGAUCUAGAUGUGCUCACGCCAAACCA